AUGGUGAAGCCUACCGGUGAGCACAAUAAAAAUAAGUAUUGUAGGUUUCAUCAGGAUCAUGGACAUGACACUGAAGAGUGUAGACAGUUGAAAGAUGAGAUAGAAGCUUUGAUCCAAAGAGGUCGAUUGAAUAAAUCUGUGAAGAGAGAGAGAGAGGGAGGAAGCAGUAAGCAGGAGAGUCGAGAACAGAAUGUGGAAGACAAAGAAAAAUUAUAUAUCCGGGGAGAAGAGAGUCCGGACAUCCAAACACGACAUUUAGAGAAUCAACCUCUUAGGGAGAUUGCGACCAUCUUUGGAGGCCCCGGGGUAGGAGGAGAAUCCUCAAACUCAAGGAAAAUUCAUGCAUGGACUAUACAUUUGAUAGAAACAGCGAACAAGAAAAGAAAGACCGAACAUCAGACCACUUUUUCAGAUAAGGAUCUGGCUAACAGCCAGUUACCACAUGACGAUGCACUGAUGGUGAAGAUGAUCGUCGCUAAUUGCUUGGUGGCUCGCAUCUUGGUAGACAACGGGAGUUUAGUAAACAUCUUAUAUGUUGAUUUAUUCCUGAAGAUGCAAUUAACUCCUGAGAUGCUGAAAAUGAUAGAUUCACCCCUAUAUGGAUUCAACGGAGCUCCUGUGCAGGUGGAAGGGUCCAUUAAACUUCUAGUCACAGUUGGAACGGAGCCCCAACUAUUCACUAUAAUGAUGAAUUUUCUGGUGGUGAAGGUUAACUCUGCUUACAAUAGAAUCCUCGACAACCCAGGUUUGAAUGCCUUACAGGCCAUAGUCUCCUAA